AUGCUCGCCCUGCUCACGCACUGGUGGUCACUGAUCACCGUCGCCCUGAAAGCGCACUCCCGCUGCCCGCACCACCAGUUCGACGAGCGAGCGCUAUGUUUGCCGCGGCUGCUGCCAGCCAUUUUGACCGCGGCCGAAACGGCAGCAAUAAUCGAGGCGACCGAGGCCGCCGCAGCGAAACGCAACUACACGUCGAGCCGCCACACGUACUACGCGACGGUCGAUCUUCCCGUAUCAACAGUCUACGCCGACGGCGGUGCGCAGGCCGCGGCCGCGAAGAGAGCGGUCCACAAAGCCAGAAACGCCACCAUCGACGACCUCAUACAUCGCUGCGGCGCCACCGACCCAGUUCUACAUGAUGGCUUCGUCAUCAAAUAUUCCACGUCAAGACAGGCCGGCCUCGAGCAGCACGGCGACGGCGGGAGGUAUUCGGCGACGGUCGCGCUGCGUCGCCCGCGUUUGAGCGGCGUCAACGUGCCGGACUACGCUUCCUUAGAACCGCAGACUUGUGAACUGAGAAAGCGCGGCUUCGCGAACGAGACGUGCAACGCGGCGUUUCCCGAGCGAACCUUCUCAAGAGAACACUUCUCUCCAGAAUAUCCUCUGUUAACAUACGACGAGUUCUGCCCUUUGAGUUGUCUGGGCCAGAGCUGCGACGAGGUCGAGCCGCAUCUACGGACGAAGUGUGAUUGUGGGGUCUGCGCGUCCACGUUGACGACACGUGAAAAUGACGCCUACGACUUUGACGGCGGCGGCACGCGCUUCUCGUCACUGAGGGACGUCGUCUUCUCGCCGGAGAUGGGUGGCGCCGUGGUCCACGGGGCGCGCCUGAAGCACGGGGGCGAAGACGUGACGAGUGGCGACCGCUUCGUCCUCGCCUUCUUUUUUGAUGAAGCGUUGUGCCAGGCGGCGGAGAAGGGCGCGACGGACGUGUUGUACACGUCGCUCGUCGUGGUUUUUGUCCUGGUGCCUCUACUUGUUUGGGUCGCGUUCUUUGCGGACUUCGAGGACUCUGCGAAGGAGAAGAUCGCGUGACGUGUCGCGGCGAUGGCGUGCUGUCGUCGCGGCGAACCCCGGGGCGUCCGCAAUGUAGAUAGUUAAAACAUGUUGUUACCUCGCCUCGCGCGCGGCUCUCGGCGCCACGCGCGCCGCCGCCGACCGCCCACUACCCAAGUAAAAAGCCAACUCGUCCGGCGACGACACGGCGAAAACCAGUUCGGCAAUAUACGCCUCGUAGAAGCGCCGCCGCUGGACGAGGUAGCUCAAAUCUAGGGACCGCCACCGUUUUCUGCUACAUUCAGCCUCGUUCCACAGCGACCGCACGCGGUCGAAGGCGGCGGUAGCGGGCAGCGCACUAUGCAACGCCCGCAAAUCGGAGUGGCGCAGCCAGCGCUCCGUGCACGUCGCCUCCGUCGAGACCAACAGUCUAUAAGACGCGUAAUGCCAGAGGCGUUCCCGCCGCACGCGGAUGCCGCCGAGGCUGCAGCCGACGACGACGCCGUGCUCGAACUCGCGCGACCACACGCUUGGAGCUGUUGCCGGUGAGUAAGAAGCGGAGCGGGGCACGGCGCAGCCGUUAUGAGCUUCACUCGACCAGCGCUCCUGCUCGAAGCGCGCGGACCCGGGGCCCCGCGCCACCACUAAAACGGUGUCCUCGUCCGAAAGGUCCUCGGCGACGAGCUGAUGUAAGGUCGAGAGGCAGUGCUCCCGCGCCGGCGCGUCGCUCGCGUCGCUCGGCGAGCGCGAUUGCUUCGCCGCCGCGAGCUCGCAGAGCGAGUCGAGCGACUGCGACGAGACGUCGCGGCUCAAAUUGUCCUGCGAGCCGCGGACGAGAGAAACAGUAGACGCAUACCCAUCGUCCUCCGAUGUUUGUAGAUCGUCGUCGUCGACGUACUGGCCCCAGUCGUCGGGGUUCGGGCUCAGCGGGCCCAGCGGCCGGUCUCGCAUGGCUGCCCCGAGCCCGAGGGCCUCCGCGGCGGGCGCGGCUGCCCCCAGGACCCGUGGGCCAUGGCCUAGAGUGGAGACGCGCGGCGGCAGCGUCGCGGCGGCGGCCAUGGCGUCGCGCGGCGCGUGGUUGCGAGCUCUUGAUUCCAAGGACCAACGCGCGACGUCAGAGCGCACAGGAGCGCCGCGGCGCGGUUCGGGACGCUUGGGGCGGGGGCGCCUCCACGGACCGGUGGGUGGUACGGCUGGGAGCCGUUAUUCGUGUCGGGGAGCUAAGCGGUAGGGGCACUAGCAGUAGAACGAUGGGCAGCCUUGGCGGUGCGCGUUUGCGCCUCACGGGCGUCGUAGGCCCGCAGCCGUCCGCAUUCGUGGUCUACUGAUGGCCGCCUCCGCCCGGCGCCACGCCACGCCGCCGACGGCGGCGACGAGUGCGACGCCGAGACGGCGGCUGCUCCCAACACCCACCCCCCGGCCCGCGCGGCGCGCCGCGCUGCCCGACGCGGCGCUCUCGCCGGGCGGCGCCCUGCGGCGCGACCUGGAGGCGGCCACGUCCGUCGCGCGGCGCCUCGUCGCUGCUUUGAGUGGCGGCGAGCAGCCCUCGCCCGAUGCGGCGCUGCCCGACCUAUUGAGGGAGGCGGCGGCGCGGGCCGCGGAGCUGCGGUCUGCGGCCAUGCGCGAGCGCGAAUUAAGGCUGGAAGCGGAGAGCGCGCGGGCCGACGCUGAAAGGAGGGCGGCCUUGUCCGACGAGAGCGCGAAAACCGCAAACUCCGAGCGCGACAAAGCCCUCGACGACGCGAAGGUGGCCCAAGAUGCGGCACAAGCGGCGCGCGCCGCGCGCGACGCGACGCAGGCGACGUACCACGGGUUGACGAAGAGGACUGCCACGCUCGACGCGGAGCUCGCCGGGUUGCGCGCCGAGCGGCGCGCGAGCCGCCGCGGCAUUGCUGUGUUACGACGGUCGCGAAGUCGCGACCGCGUCCUUAGUGAGACGGUCGAGGAGCGGCUGGAUUCGGCCUCGCUCCAAUUAACGAAAGCUCGAGAAACGCAGCGCGAGGAGCGGCAACGGGCGACGCACUACGCGCAAGAACUCUCCAACCAGCAAUUAACACAUCGCAAGUUCGCCGCGGACUGCGCCGUCGCGUUGCGGGCGGCGGAGGUCGACCGGGGGUUGUGGCGCUUGAAGAGUGGCCUGAAACGGCACCACCUCGCGCUCCGGUCGAUCGCGUACCAGCGGCUCAUGGACGCCCUUCGUAAAAAACGGCCCGCGUCGCCAAUCAUGCGACGGACGCCGUCGUGGUCCCAAAAGUCCGCCGCGUCGGCCGAGCGAAGGCGCGACGCGCUCCGGCGGCAAGGUACCGCCAUCGCGGGCUACUACUAA